AUGCGAUGCGUGGUGCAAGGAUGCGACACCCUGUAUUCGGAUCUCAUUGCGUUAUUACGGAAACCCGGAGCCUCAUCAAUAUCGGAAGGAGGCGGGAUAUUGCACGCCGAGUUGGGUAACCCAGGAAUGGCUGAUCACUCGAGUGAUAUUCCCGAAGAGACCGUUGCAGGACAGGUUGUGAGCUAUUUGAAAAUGAAGUCCGACACCAUGGGACCAUCAAGGCGUAGAGUGGAGGCGAUCGUGACCGGGGUAAAUGCGCAUAGAGGACGGUUGGCUGCAGCUUCUAGUGCUGAGGUGGGUCUGGAAGGAAACCACAUCAACCCAAAGGCUGCGCACUACGACGGCCUCGACUUCCUAAUCAUGCGAGAUCUCGCAUUGAAGCUUGGUGCUUCUUCGAAGGUAGAAAAUUUCAUGGAUGAGAGAAUGCGACAUUUAAAUCCCUACCAGAACGAUUCGGCACUACCCGGGGUGGGCCCUCAUAACGGCAUUGUCUCUGAGUGA